AUGAUGGAGUACGCGCAGUACCAGCAACCGCCGCAAAAUGCGCACUCGAAUUUUCAGACCUCAACGGCGUCUAAUAACAUUACAUCGCCAACGUCUCAACAUGUCCAGACCUCGCCCAUCAUCCCGCAACAGAAUCAGCAAGCCGCAAACGCCAACCAAACCCACAUGUACCAACCAUCGUACGGAGUGCCCCAGCAAAGCUUGCACUAUGGAAUGCCGGGGAUUCAGGCCGCCGCACUAGCAGCCACCGCUGCCGCUUCAGGCUCAAAUUAUCCCUACAGCUUACCGUCAGACCCAAGCCUGCAGCAAACCUCACCGCGUAUGGGCUCGAAGAAGGAAGCUAGGGGCAACCCCCGCUCUCCUCAACAGAUGGAGGCACAACGUCGCAUGAGCCAGGUCACUAGUCCUGGACUGCCGAAUGCCCAGGCCAUGAUGAAUCACACUGGUGCCCGCUCCGGUGUUGCGGCGCCGACCAUGCCUGCGCAACAGAUGGGCCCGCCUCAAUCACCCGAGAUUGCUGCUGGUGCAGUGGAAGAGUCUCCACUAUACGUGAAUGCCAAGCAGUUUCAUCGGAUUCUCAAGCGCCGGGUAGCAAGACAAAAGCUUGAAGAACAACUCCGCUUAACCUCCAAGGGACGGAAACCUUAUCUGCACGAGUCUCGACACAAUCACGCUAUGCGGCGGCCCCGUGGUCCUGGUGGGCGUUUCCUCACUGCCGACGAGGUCCUUGAGAUUGAGAAACAGAAGGGAUUGGGUGGCGGUGAAUCAGAGAUCAAACAUGAUGUCGAGUCGUCGCCGCCAGCAAAGGCCAAUAACAAGCGCAAGUCCAUGUCGGUCCCGGAUACAGCCAACAAGAAGGCCAAAGUGGACACAGAAAGUCCUGAUGUUGAAGAGGAGGAGGAUGCCGAGGACGAUGGAUGA